UGCUUGGACUUCAUUGGUGCGGCGGUGUUGCACAGUGCUGCGUGCGCACCGGCUCGAAUCAAGAAGCGCCUCUGCUCGUGUCCGGCGCGAUGGGCAGACGUGACGGGGACAGCAGAGGCGCCAUGAACACCGGCGACCGCUCGGAGCUCGCAGACGUGGACGCGCCGGAGGUGAAGAAGCACCAGCACAAACACAACUUGAAGCACCGCUAUGAGCUGCUGCAGACGCUGGGGAAGGGCACCUACGGCAAAGUGAAGAAGGCGGUGGACAGAGCAAGCCUGGGCACGGUGGCCAUCAAGACAAUCCGUAAAGAGCACAUCACAGACAACCUCGACAAAAUUCACAUCCAGAGGGAGAUCGAGAUUACCUCCUCACUUAGGCACUCCCACAUCAUACGCUUCCUCGAAGUAUUUGAGAGUCGCGAUAAGAUUGUGAUCGUGAUGGAGUACGCCAGCAAAGGAGAGCUAUACGAUUACAUCCUGGAGAAGAGGAAACUUGCGGAAACAGAAGCCCGAAGCAUCUUCAGACAAAUCACAUCGGCUGUCCACUACUGCCACAAGAAUGGUGUAGUGCAUCGAGACCUCAAGCUGGAGAACAUCCUUCUGGAUCAACAUCUGAACGUCAAGCUGGCUGACUUUGGCCUUUCCAGUCAGUACCAGAGAGGCACUCUGCUGCAGACCUUCUGUGGAAGUCCGCUCUAUGCUGCUCCAGAAAUAGUGACUGGGCUGCCCUACCAGGGACCAGAGGUGGACUGCUGGGCGCUGGGUGUGUUGCUGUACGCGCUGGUGUACAGCAGUAUGCCAUUUGAUGGAGCCAGUCACUCCAUGCUUAAAGAGCAGAUAUGCCGAGGUCGCUAUCGAAGACCCAACCCCCCCUCAGACGCCUGCGCUCUUAUCGACUGGUUGUUGACGGUGCGUGUGGAUGAGAGGGCCACGAUCGAGGAUGUAGCCAAUCACUGGUGGGUGAACUGGGGAUACGACGAGAGCGUGUGUGACUGCCCUUCGUCGGCACACCCGGACUGUCCCUCCCCGCUGCUGGCUCGCUACAUCGACUGGCAGAAUCGGGUUGUCAAGAGUUUGGCUGCUGAAGCGGGGAGCCCGCCUCCAGAAUCCAACCGUCACCCCCCUCAUCCUUGUUAUUUCAGCUUGCCUCUUCGGGCCGAGCGAGGAGGAAGAGCGCGAGGAGGAACGUCCUGCGUCAGAAAAUCCCGCAAGGAGAACGCCAUUCCCCAGACGACAGAAGGAACGUGUGGUGGGGCAGCAGCUUCUGCGCUGUCCUCCACCUCCACUGCUGAAAGAAAGAAACCCAAAAGUAUUCUUAAACAUCAGAGGAGUUUUGACUCAGUUUUGCUUAGCCCUCCCAAAGAAAGCCCCCACCAGGGUACCGCCGAUCCCCAGCUUUAUCAAACACAUGCGCUUGGCCACACACAUGCUGAGGUCCUGUCCACCACUCUUCCAUCUCCCUGUACAUUCAGACAGCCCUCCUCUAAAAUGCCCAAGAAGGGGAUACUUAAGAACCCAUAUGAAGGGGAGUCAAGUUGUGUCUCUUACUCACAACGCAGGGAGUCCAGAGCAGACGUCAAGGAGAGUGAUGCGAACAAACAGCAGACCUUUGUCCCAGCAGCAGAGGGCAGUCCAACCAUGCGCACGGAGGCAGUGAGAAGACGAAAGGGUAUUCUUAAACGGAACGGCAAGUUCUCACGCAGCCUGGACCUUCCAGAGGAACGGCGCUCACCGCCGCCUUCUGAUCGGCCGUCAUUCCCGGAGACUCUGCGGCACUUCCUCCAGGCCAAAACGGGCGCCGACGGCCACCGAAGCCGCCCGUCCAGCGUGGUGAGCGAGGAUAGCCUUUUCUCCAGCGACUCCUUCGACCUGCUGGACCUCAGCACUCAAUCACGCCGCAGGGUUUUUUCUCAGGGGACGCGGCGCAGCGCAUGUAGCUCAGAGGAGGAUCUGAGAGGUGGAGCAGGGGAAGGACGAGAGUCCAAGUGGUGAUGUCUGACAUCGGAGUGGUGGCUAAUUUAAAAACCCUGCAAAGUCAAAUCCUAGAUUUGUUUCUAAAUACAUUAUACAGUAAUUUAUCCAGGGAGUUUAAGUUCCAGACAGCAAAUUUUGAUUUAGUUUUAGUCGGUCUUUUCACAAAAAUUUAAUUCAGGCUAUUAUUUAGGUAUUGUUUAUUGGUGAUGAAGAGUAUUCAUGAAACUUACUAAUAUAUGUAAAUAAUAGCCAAAAUACUUGGUUUCUACUUCGCAGAUUUCAUGUAUUGCGGGGAGCAAUGGAAGUAUGGAAGCAGUUUUAAUUUUGAGAGCAACUGUUGACUAAAAUGUCAUUUUGUUUGAGUCAUAAUUUCGGCAUUUAAAUUGUUUGAGUCUAGUUUUAGUUGACGAAAACGCCAAUAAAUUUAGUGGACUAAAAUAAAAAAGUGUAUUCAAGGGUCGUGAAAAAAAAAAAAAAAACUUGCUUUUUUAUGGCAUUUAGCAAAAAGAAAUAACUUUAAUUAUCCUAAAUGACCUAAAACAGUCAAGUAAAUUUACUGGAGUCUUCGUCAACCAAAACGAGACGAAAGCUAAAACAAUUGAGAUGACAAAAUUAGGACCAAAGCAAAAUGACAUUUUAGUCAAAAGACUUUGACUAAAACUAUAUCAAAAUUUGUUUUGAUAUAGUUUCAUGAAUACUCUUCAUCACCAAUAGAUGAAAUCUGCGAAGUAGCAGGCAAGUAUUUAGGCUAUUUUAUAUAUAUUUGUUAGUUUCAUACAUACUCUUCAUCAACAAUAAACAUGCAUGUGAUGUGCAGGUAUUAUUAUUUUCCACUUGAGGUCACAGUCUACACAUUCUGAUUUUUCACCUUUUGAAGCCUCAUUUUUUAUACUUGGCAAUUUUCUUCAAUCGUUCAAUUUUGGCAGGGUUGUUAACACCACUCUUCUCUGUGGUUUGUCAAUAUUAGAAGGCGUAUUUGUUUUCACUUUACAGGGGACUUUAAAGCCUCAAUUUUCAGUUUUAAAAUAGUACUUUCAUCUUUACAAGACUCGAGAACUGCAUUUUGAGUGCUGCUUAUGUAAAAGCGCUUUUUUUUCUGGACAUAUUUGGAUGAUUACACUCAAAUCAAUAGAAUGGAGUUUUCCAAACCGUCAUACAGCUGCUCCUUCUGUUUAGACAUUGCUAUGUAAUUCAUUUCCAAAUGAACUUUGCACUGUGGCUUUUGAGUGCCACCCCUGCCUAUGUCACACACAUUGACAUGUCAAUAGGGAUGAAACAAUAUCAUAUAAACAAUUUUUGAUCCACUAACCAUGACCACGCAUCACAAGGCCCUUGCUGGUUUGCACGGACAUCAUAUGAAUGACAUUCGUCUCGCCCAUCAGACCAUGCACAUUUGGGCAAUUGUAGUGUACAAGUUUGUUUCAUUUUAUUACUACUUAAUAAGAAAAAUUGCAUUGCGUAUUUUUCACCAUGAGAGAAUAUUUAUGAGCACAGACAGCAGGUUGCUUAAAAGUCAAAACAUGCUGUAUUGUGUAAUAAAUCCAUAUUUUAAUUGUU